GAUGAUUUGAGUAUCCAUUUUUAAUCACCUUGCUAGUUGUUCUUGACUAUAGUCGAAGAGAAGGUCAAAUUGAAAGAAAAAAAAGAUUCUAAGUAAAAUUAAACUCCUUUCAUUUCAUGUAAUCCAUCUGACUUAAGUUAUAUGGUAUUUACGAACGCUUCUUUUCUAAAUAAGUCGCAUUGGUUUACGUAAGUCUCUUACAACUCUGUCAUGUAGUACGCUUAGCAUACAAUAGGAAGUAUAAGCAAAAGCACUUGAUUUCUAUCCUCGUUUAGGCCUUGCCGAGUUCUGGCGCUGUAUUCGAUUGUCUUCUCCAUCGGCCGCUAACUUUAUGUUUGUUCGGCUCAUUCGGUUCUAAAAUAAAAAAGCGGCCGACUUUUUUUUUUGCCUUACAACUUAACCCUUCCAGAUCGAACAUAACUUCUUAAUAUAGUCUUAUGCCAAGAAGGGAAAACUAGUUUCAUUCUAUCCCAAGGGAAGUCUUGUUAUUAGGUAACUCUGUUCAUUCUUCAUUGAUGCACUGGAAAAGUUAAUAAAGGAUUAGUUGAUGAGGGAUAAAGCUCUACAUAACGUUUCAACUUCUUUCUAUUAUAUUCACUUGUUUUUCUAUUAACUGUCGUUUAUUUUGUUGCUUGCGCUUUCUAUUUUUUUGGGGGGGUAUUGCUUACUAUCUUUACUUCAUUCAUUGUAGUCUUUUAUUUGCAUUCAUUGUUUCUUUCCUUUCUUUUCUUUUUUAUUAUUCUCUUUUGGUUUGCCUGUCUGUUUGGUUUAUUUUCCUUUGGUUUGGCUUUUGCAGUGAAUUUCGAUUUUAGGCUGCGUCUGUAAUUUCGUUUCUUUUAUUUUUCUUUCUAUCUUUAUUUUAUGAAUGGAAGUUCUUUUGUUUUUCGGUCUUGGCAAUUAUGAAUCUUAAAGUCUUAAAUCGAGCGCUUGAUCACCCUACAUACGAUUCGGAGGAGGAGGAACAUCAUGCUGAAUUAUCAAACUAUAUUCCUUCUUCACAAUUAGUCUUACGUGAAGAAGACUUUUGUAGUGUUUGGAAGAGUUCUAAUUGUCAUGAGUCUACUCCUUCUCUUUCUAGGGGAGACCUGACUCGUCAACUAUUGCGAGAUACGAUGAUCCCAGUUCCUUCAAAGUUUAGUAAGUAUCAUAAGGGACUUCUUAGCAAAAAUUCGAAUAAAAAUCUCCUUCGCGCUGACCUAAAUUCGAUGUUAUCGCUGUCUUCUCAACCAUUACACAAUGAUGAUGAAUUCGCAUUUCCUUUCGGUUUUCAACAUUUAGCAAGUAAUUCUGCUUCUACUUCAACAAACAACUAUCGAAAACACCUUGCUUUGGAUAAUCCUUGCAAUUUUAACUCUCGUGCUCGUGGUUUGACGAACCGUAAAUUAGAUUCUGAGAUUAAUCGGACAUCUAGUAAGUCAUCAAAUUAUUUUCUUAAUUUUGUGACUUCCAAAGCUAUAAAAGGUGCUCAUAAUUGUUUAGUGUUCGAAGCCGCUGACAACGAUCAUCCGCUUGCUACAGCGUUGGAAUCAAAUCAUCGAGUUCUUCCUGUUCCUUCUUAUCCUUCCUCUUUUCCUUCGGGUCCUUCAAACUCCUGCGGAAAGAGUACUUGUACGUCUCGCAACACAAAACCCUUACGCAAGAGGUCUUUGUUGUCCGAUUUAUCAAUUGUCAGUGUUAAGUUUAGGGAAAAAAUUUCUUUUUUUACUUCUAGUAUCUUUGGUAUUAUGUAUCCAAAGCACAUUUCUAAGGAACAGGUCGCAAACUCAACCGUUGCGAGUCCAAAUGGUAGGACAGAGCUGGAUAAAGACAACAUGUGUAUGGAGAAUUGUAUUUUGCAUACCUUUUCUUCAUCCGAUACACCCUUAAUUCCAUGGCAUGAAGUUCUUGCACGUAGAGAGGUUCGUCGUCCACGUUUAAAUUCGGACUUUUUUCGGGUCUACGUGCUGGAAAGACAAAUGCGUAAAGCUGGAAAGCUGUCUUCAAAUUCCGCUGGUCGAGCCCAAUUUAUAUCUCAUCCCAAGCCCAAUAUGAUAAAUAUGUUUUCAAGUCCUUUACAGAUUCAGCUAUGAGUUCCUUUUCUUUCCUAUAUUCUAUUCCGUUUAAUCUGGGCCGUGCUCGACGCCUCAGCAGUACUGUAUCAAUAAUCUGGUUUUGGUUGUUUGAUUUAUCUUUAUUCCAUUCUUUUGUUUUGUUUUAUUUCGGAUUUCGUUUUGGCGUUUCCUUCUUCGUUAUACUUUAGGAGCUCUCACUUUUGAUAUUUACUCUUGCAAGAGCUCCCUUUGUUUACUUCUGUUCUGUGUUUUUUGUUACAAAUUUCCUAUGUUGAUUUAUCUAUUUACGACUUAAAUUCCUUGGUUUCGAUACGUAUCAUGUUAUAACAAUUUUCUAAUACUUAAAUUCUUUAUAUUCGCUGAGCCUCUCUUACAAUGUACAUGUGUAAAUGCUGGUCUGGAUUGGCUUUAUUAUGGCUAGUAGUAAAUUAUAUUGUAGGAGUGAAUCGAGGACCAUUCCAAAGCAUAAACUAAACUAUAUAAUGUUUCUCCACCCGCAUACGGUACAUAUUUUUAUUCACUGAUCAAGCUAGGAACUCAUCUCAUAUCUGUUAAGCAAACGUAUUGAAAUUGCAGAUAUCUUAAAGCGAUGCAACGUUUGGCAUUACGAACGACUUCUGA